UGGAGGUGUGAGAUGUGAGUUUCGUAAAGUAUUAUUUAAACGAUAUAUGUGUGUAAACGUCCCAAAAACGUGCAUUGUAAAAUUUUUUAAAAUACAUGUAAAUAUUGCAAAUAGCUGCAGAUUAUAUAUUGAUUAUAUAUAACUCAAAUAAAACGGAGGAAUAGCAGAUUACUUUCUAAAAUAGGAGGAUCAUAACCUCCUAUAACCUCUUAAAAUGUCCGACGACGAGGAUUUGGUUUACGUGAAGAAGCAGAAAACCGUCCACUAUGGUUCCUUGGAGGAAGCAGAACGUGCACGACUUGCAGCUACCGUCGAAACUACGGAUGAAGAAAAGGAUGUCACGAAUGCAAAUGAUGUUACUAAUGUUUCCGCCUCAGGAGGAAAUGUACAUAUUUCGAAUGAGUACAUGGAGCUCGAGGAUGAAAUGUCUAAAGAUCGGCAGGCAUUAUUGGAAGAAUUUGAACGUAGGAAAAAGGCUAGACAAAUUAAUGUUUCUACAGAUGACUCCGAAGUAAAGAAACACUUAAGACAAUUGGGUGAACCAAUUUGUCUCUUUGGAGAAGGUCCAGCGGAUAGAAGGACAAGAUUAAGAGAAUUAUUAGCUAGCGUGGGAGAGGAUGCUAUUAAAAAGAAACAUGAAGAAGAAGAAAAACCGUCCUAUCCACUCGAAAAAGAUGCAGAGUCAACUUGGUACCACGAGGGACCAGAUUCUUUGCAAAUUGCAAGAUCAUGGAUAGCGUCUUAUUCGUUGCCCAGAGCAAAAGCACGGUUGGAUAAGGCAAGGCAAGAUCUACUAUUACCAGCUGCAACUCGCACAGCGAAAAGACAAGAGCUUUUGAAAAAGUUGCAAGCAUUGAGCAUUUAUUGUUCUCAAAUUGGUGACAACAGGCCCAUUUCCUUUUGCCAGUUCAGCCCUAAUUCAAAAAUCCUUGUUACAGCUUCAUGGUCAGGCUUAUGCAAGUUAUGGUCUGUACCUGACUGUACUUUGUUGCGCACUUUACACGGACAUAAUUGUAAUGUUGGCUGUAUUGUUUUUCAUCCAAAAGCUACAAUAACCGAAGAUAUAGUAGGUGAUAAUGCAGUACCAACUUGCGUGCUGGCAUCAUGUGCAGCAGAUGGUACUGUAAAACUGUGGAGCGGUGGUACUGGUGAAGAACCAUUAGCAGAGGUGGAAGGACAUGAACCUCACAGAGUUUCUAGGAUCGCUUUCCAUCCAUCUGGACGAUUUCUUGGCACAUGUUGUUACGAUGCAUCUUGGCGAUUAUGGGAUUUGGAACAACAAGCGGAAGUACUUCACCAAGAAGGUCAUGCUAGAGCAGUACACUGCAUUAGUUUUCAAUGCGAUGGAAGCGUUUGUGCCACAGGCGGUCAUGAUUCUUUUGGCAGAGUAUGGGAUUUACGUACCGGCAGAUGCAUAAUGUUUAUGGAGGGUCAUCUAACAUCCAUCUUCGGCAUCGAUUUCUCACCAAACGGUUUUCACAUAGCGACAGCAAGCGAGGAUAAUACUUGCAAGAUAUGGGACUUGCGAAAGCGAACUUGCAUAUACACGAUACCAGCACAUACUAAUUUGCUGUCCGACGUGAAGUACCAAAAAACAGAAGGACAAUAUUUGGUUACCGCAUCUUAUGAUAACACAGCCAAAAUUUGGUCCAACAAAACAUGGCAACCUCUUAAAAUGUUACCAGGUCACGAUGGAAAAGUCAUGUCCGUUGAUGUAUCGCCCGAUCAUAAGUUUAUUGCAACUAGUUCGUACGAUAGAACUUUCAAAUUAUGGGCGCCAGAAUGAAAUACUUAGAAAAUAUUUCUU